AUGGAUCACAUCACAGAUCUCAGAACAGACGAGGUAUCUACCUCAAAACCUUGGUUCCAAGUCAUGGAUCCCAUUUGCCUCGAAAGUGUAUGCAAAAACGAUCUCGAGAAGUGGUCUAUCCAAAAAGACAAAGAAGAGUAUCUGGCAAUCCAUCAAGAUGGUCCCUUCCCUCUACCAGACAAUCAACCUCUCUCUUCGGAACAAGUCCGAGACUCAAUCUGUCUCUACAAAGAGCGAAUGGUCAAGCAUCACCAACACGAGCAAGAAUCACUCAAGACUUCGUCGCAGAAGACCAAAUUCCGCAUCAGAAGUUUUGGCAACAUUGCGCCUUCGACAAAACACCUCUUCCAACAGUUAAGAGCGUACAGGCGGAAGUUGACUGGCAAACUCGGCGAACAAACAUGCGAAAAACUUGCAAACUUGAAAGCAGAGUUGAUUGCCACCAUCGACGUUGUUCAUCAAAAGUUGAGACAACAGAACACCACCACAAGCACAAAGAGUCCAUCCAGCAAAAGCAGUCUCAGCUCUCGAGCUAGCGAUCUCUCGCAAAAUGCGGCAAAGAAAGUCACAGAAAGUUUGCGUGCCUCCAUGCCCUGCACUACUUCAGAGAAGAAGGUCACUCAACGCCCUGAUAUCAUCUCAAAGACCAGCUGGAUUCCAGCCACUACAUCAAAACUGGCUGCCAGAGUUCGCACUCUUGUCAAAAGGUCACCUCAAGCAACGAGAAAGAUAUCCAUCAGAUCCGUCGACACAAGAAGCUCAAUGGAUUCGGUCUACGCCGAAAGCUCCAUCACCGGCGAUCACCAAAACACACAACACUCUCCUAUCACAUUUGGCAAAAUAAGCUGGAGAAAAUCGCCAACAAGCAGCACUGCAUCCACAAACACGUUGCGCAGCGUACCACGAUCGAGCACAUCAUCAAGAAGGUCAACUCCGCCAUCGCCGAGAUCAAAAUCAUAUAUCAUCACCAACCACGCCCAACAACAACCAGACCAUUCUUUCAAGCGUCGCGAGUGGAGUCUCAGUGGGGAUUGGUGGCCCGCCAUCACCACUGGUAACACUCUAGAUCGCCAAAGAAUCGAACGUGGACGUAUGAGAUCACGCAGCGAGGACUCUGGUUGCGGUGACCGAAGGUUGGGACCCGAGGUUCAGAGGUCUUGGGAAACUAGUGAGGAGGGAUAUUUGGAAUGGAAGGAGAACACGGAUUCUACUGCCGAUUCCGGGUUGGUGCAUAGUGGGAGGUCAUCUAUGGCUGUAUCGGCUUCGGUGUAUAGCAGAUCUAUAAGUGGUUUGAAGAGGGAUUGA